UGCUCAUUUAACCUUCUCUCGGAGCGAGAGCGAGCGAGAGAGAGAGAGAGAGGGAAGCAGACAACUCUGAUUGCCGAAGCAAAAAGAUAAAGCCGCUUGAAACUCGAAUAAUCCUUCCUAUGGCGUUUGUUGAUUGAUCUCUCUCGAUCGGUCAAUUUGCUUUUCGAUUUCAGUUUCUCGUGUCGAGUUCUGCUGCUGAAGAACAAAGAUCUGCAGAUAUGGCUAUUUCUGCUCACGUCGUCUUUGGCGUCUUCGGAAAUGCUAAUGGCCUCUUGCUCUUUCUGGCCCCGACGAUCACGUUUAAGAGGAUCAUUGCAAACAAAUCGACGGAGCAGUUUUCAGGCGUUCCAUACGUGAUGACUCUGCUCAACUGCCUCCUUUCUGCUUGGUAUGGGCUGCCUUUCGUUUCACCACACAACAUCCUGGUGACAACAAUCAACGGAGCUGGCGCAGUAAUCGAGUCCAUCUACGUGCUGAUUUUCCUCAUCUUUGCACCAAAAAAGGAGAAGGGCAAGAUCCUGGCGCUUCUUACUUUCAUGCUCGCUGUGUUCUCAGCUGUCGCCCUCAUUUCCCUCUUUGCUCUUCACGGCAAGCACAGAACGAUCUUCUGUGGCCUAGCCGCCUCCGUCUUCUCCAUAAUCAUGUAUGCUUCCCCUCUCUCAAUCAUGAGAAUGGUGAUCAAGACAAAGAGUGUGGAGUACAUGCCGUUUUUCUUGUCACUGUGUGUGUUCUUCUGCGGCACUUCCUGGUUCAUCUAUGGGCUGCUAGGGAAGGACCCUUUCCUUUUUGUGCCUAAUGGUUUUGGGUCUGCCCUGGGGACAGCACAGCUUAUCCUGUAUGCCAUUUAUCGCGGUAACAAGGGUGAAGCCAAGAAACCAGAGGCCGAGGAGUCGCUGGAGAUGGGGCUGGGCAAGCCCCAGCCAGACAAACAAUCAAACAAAUAGUGAUCACUAGAGUCACACAUCUGAAUGGUCUAUAUGUCGACUGUAUUAGGACUCUCGUAUCCGUUUUCUGCGUACUUCGUGUACUUCAGCUUAAUUCCCCCUUUGCUACGUUACUCUUCAGCAUUUAGCUUCCUGUCUAAUUAAUGCAAAUGCCAAUACAUAAAAUUCAGUCU